AUGGCGAAUGAGGAGGAUAUUGAUCAACAUAUGGAGUCUCUGCAGAUUGACGAAGAAGAAAAUGAAGCAUUUGUGCUAGAAGGAGAUGUCGACGAAGGGGUGAAUAAGUAUGAACUGUGUCUUGUGGGGCGUCUGCUUACAGAAAAAAGCAUUAACGUGAGGGCUAUGAAAUCGAAAUUAGCAGAUGUCUGGCGACCAACAAUGGGAAUAAACAUUAAGGAUCUGGAACAAGGUCUCUUCUUGUUUCAGUUUUACAGGAAGGAAGAUAUGCAAUGGGUUCUAAAAGGAGGACCAUGGUCUUUUGAUAAUGCAAUGGUGGCAUUAGAAACUGUGGGGGUAGGUCAAAACCCAGCGAGUGUUCAACCAUGCUUUUUGAAUAUGUGGAUUCAGCUUUACAACCUCCCGGUUGGAUACAUGUUGGAAACGGUGGGUAAGCAAUUGGGGAAUUUUUUUGGGGAAUUCUUGGAGUAUGAUGUUAAAAACAGUACGUCCAUAUGGCGUGAGUGCAUGAGGAUUCGAAUUCGGCUGGAUGUCAGGAAACCAAUCAAGAGGAAGAAGAAAAUAGUGAAGAAAGAUGGGCAAGAAUUUACUGUGGUGUGCAAGUACGAGCGACUGGGAGAAUUUUGCUUUGUUUGCGGCUUGGUCAGUCACACAGAUAGAUUUUGUAGGAGUCCACUGAACAGGGGAGAUGAGGGUGUAACAAAAGAGUGGGGGAGCUGGCUCCGAGCACCGCCGCGCAGGGUGGCAGGACAGUCGCAGAGUAAAUGGCUAAGGGAAGAAGGUGAUGACACGUGGGAGGUCAGGAUUGGGCGAGAGAAAUUUGCGGGGGAAAAUUUUUCAAAAAGUGGAAAGGAGAUAAGUCCAAGGAGUGAUUUCCGGGCGACAGUUGAAACAAAUCCCCGUGAUGAGAAUAACAAAUUAUGGGAUAUACAUGGUGCUAAUUUAAAGGGAUAUUCAACAACGUCAAAUAUUCUGUAUGAGCUGAAUGAGGAAGUCAGUGAGGAUAUCCAGCUUGAAGACCGAAAAAGAAGGAGGGGAAUAACUAAUGAAGUGGGCCACAUGGAGAUAGACUUGGGUCAACGUUCGACUGCGUUUCAGACAGUGCAAAACAAAACAGGAGCUGAUAUUUCCAAUGAGGAUUUACCAGUUGCUAACCAAAUUGUUCCGGCUGAGCUUGCAAGGCAAGCCAGCCAUCAAUUAUGA